CCCCAAACACACCAACGGCCACUGGCCACAGCGCCUCUGCAAUCCACCGAUUCGUCGAUAUUCAACUUCAGAAGCCCCACCCCCCGGCCUACGUGGUAUUCACAAACGUCCCUCCCAAUGUGGUUGGCGAAUCACGCGAUAACCCUCGCCUGCUUGGUCCAAAGGGACACAAGAUCUGUUACGACGAAGAGCUCAGACACCUGAUUCUCAAACUUCCGCGCAACCCCUCAUGAGAUGGGCCAUCGAGAACUCGCCAGGGUAAUCGACGCAGACACGGUUAUUGUGGGCCUGGAAGCACAGCUGAAAUGUGUAGGAGCCGGUAGAGUGACCCAUGCAAGCAUUUCCAACGAACCCGAUGCAUCCUUCAAGCCGACCAACGUCCCCCCAGGAAGGUCGAACCAAUGGCCAACGGUGGUCGUGGAAUGCGGCGACUCGGAAACUACGGCACAUCUGCGGUGCAUAGCAGACUUGUGGAUAGGUAAUUCGGGAGGGCAGAUGACGGUGGUUAUCAUUAUUUCUGUUGACUGGCCACCAAGAAGAGUCAUAUUUGAGAAUGGAUUCCCGAAGCUGCCCAGCAGAACCGUGGUGUUGCUGCCGUGCGCGAACAAGAAGUUAUUGUUACAAGAAGCCAGAACGGCUAGCCAGAGGUCAAUAGAGGCUCUCUGCUCAUUGGAUUUGAAGAAAUGUUUCUACGUCCUCCUGUUCCACCAGAACACGACUAUGUGAUUCUUCCGCACUGGCUUGGAUGGAUUGUGAGGCACAUUUGGGACGAGUGGUUUGAGCCAGCUGAUCGAUGACGAAGCAUGACGAGGAAACUGGAAAGAAGCAAUUCCAUCUUAUAUAGUCCAUAGAAUAUUAGUAUGCAUUUUUCUUCCGUGAUAUAUCUUCUGUAAACCUGACAUGAAAGCAAGAUAUCCAGCAACAUCAGAUCAAUCAUAUUUGAACACAAUCCACCACCAGAG